CACGCACACCGAUCGCGUACUUAAUCCCCCCUCACAUUCCCCCCGAAGCUCUGCAUAAAUACCAGCUCCACGCGUUCCAACCCCAGACUUUCCAUUGCUUGCGCCCGGAGCUCACCAACCAUCCGUCGUCCCGUCCAGUGAGUCGCCAUGGGGCUCUGUUUCAGCAAGAAGCAGCAGGACAAGCCACCGCCGCCGCCGCCGCAGCCGAGCGCGGCUGCGGCCACCACCAAGCCCAAGAAGCCCGCCAAGGUCGCCGCCGCCGCAGUGGUCGCGGGCGACGAGAAGGCCAAGAAGGCGCCGCAGCCGAGGAGGGCGUCCAACGCGGACGAGUCCGCCGCGGUCGGCAAGAAGGCGGCACCGAUCGUCGUCAAGGCUAACAAGGCGGCCGCGGGCGGGGAGGCGGAGGAGAAGAAGGAGGAGCAGGCGAGGCCGGUGGUGGUGGUGGCCAAGGGGCCGAUGCCGGUGCGCACGUCCAGCUGCACCAAGGAGGAGGUGGACGCCAUCCUCAUCCAGUGCGGCCGCCUCAGCCGGAGCUCGUCCGGGAGCGAGACGAGGGGCGGGCACCGCUCCAAGAGGAGCUCCGACUUUGAUCCGUCCGGGGCCGCUGGCGCGGACGAGGAGGGCGACUGGGAGAGGAACGGGGUCCCCGUGUCGAGGCCGUCGCCCCACCGGGGCUCGCCGCAGAGGAAGCGCUCGGGGAGCCGGGAGAGGACCGGCGGAGGGAGCCGCAGGUCGAGCCGAUCGCCCGGACGGCGUGGCGAGGGCGGCGCGCCCUCUGCUACCUCGGCGGGCUCCGGCGUCGCCAGACAGCAGCCCGGGAAGAUGGUCUCCGUUCCGGCGAGGGAGAAAGGGCGCGCACCGUCGCCCGCGGCCGCGUCCGGCAAGAGGUGCGCGUCUCCGCGAUCAAGCUCGCCUGCGAGGGUGACCGCUGCCAAUGAGAAUGCUGGAGGGGGACAGAAGACGGCGGGGCAAACGCCGGCGCUGAGCCGGAGCUCGUCCAGGAAGGCCGAGCAGUCGCCGCUCCGGCGCAGCCCCAUGGCCGAGAUCGACGAGAAUUCUCUCCGCAAUAACAACAGCAGCACCAACACCAAGCCCCAGAAGAAAUCGACGGAGAUUGCCGUCGCCACCCCGACCCGGAAGACCGCGGAGCGCGCAAAGGAGCAGAGUUCUCAGAAGGAGAAGGCGGAGGAGACCAUCGUUGCGGCGUCGGAGACGAGAGCACCGUCGUCCAAGACCACCGAGACGCGCACGGUGAGCAUCGUGGCCGAGACCCCAGGACGGAGGUCAGGCCGCCGUUCGCGCCGGGCGUCGCGCGACUUCGACCAGAACCCCGGCUUGUACGCCAGCCAUCUCCUCGAGGACAUCCAGAACUACCACACCUCCGCUACGGCCACCCCCGGAACGCCGCCAUCCUUCACGCUACCGGCCUGCGUCUCCAAGGCGCAGUCCAUCGUCGACGCCGUCGCCGACCUCAACUCCUCGUCGUCGGAGAGCCGCACCUGCGAGCCCGAUCGGAGCGUCGACGACAAGGCCUCCGUCAACGCGGCGGCCGGCGGGGACGACCUGGACGCGCCGAGCGUGCACAGGUACGUGUCGGUGCGCGACAUCCGUGGCCGCGGGGAGAUGGAGCUGCAGGAGUCCGCGGGGAGCAACAGCCUCUCCGGCAACCUGUGGACGCCGUCGUGCGAGUCCACGGACCGGACGUGGAGCGGCUCGCGGUCGUCGAACAACGGCGACGAGGUCGUCGAGCAGGUCCCUAGCCACCACGGUGGCGCGCGCAGCCCGGUGAACCGGCCCAGGCAGAGCAAGCAGAGGGCGGCGGCGCAGCUGGAGCCCAGCGGCCGGUCGCGCGCCGGCAGCUCCGGCGUCAAUGCUCACCGUGGACGCAGCGCUCACCGCGGCAGCGGCAGCGUGGUGAGCGGCCGAUCGGGCGUCCGUGGCGUCUCGGCGAGCUCGUAGUGAGGGAGAUCAGGCAAGAUGUAUGAGAUGGUAGUGUUGUUGCUAGCGGCAAGACGGAUUGCUGCUUUCACGGUCAGAUCUGUAGUGUUUGUUUUUGUGUUGGGUUGUUUGGCGAUGCAGUUCAGAUAUAGUCUUGCUAACGUUAUCAAUGUGGACCUCAUUAGAGUAUUUAGGAGCAAACUUGUAUCCUCUAUUCAGGCGUAGACCUGUGGAAGGUUUCUGAUGCUUUGCUUU